UUUUUUGAGCGUCGCAGAUCUGAUUUUAGGCACAAUUUUAGAUAAUUGAGAUGUUGAUGGAUGAGGCAAAACUCUUGCUAGGCUUUCCCACUAAUUCUUGCCCCAAUGCUUCUCAGGUCAAAGCUGCUUAUAGAAGGAAGGUAUGGGAGACUCAUCCUGAUUGCUUCCCAGUUCAUCUCAAACCUAACGCAGAACUCAAAUUUAAGAUGAUUUCAGAAGCAUACACUUGCCUGCUUUCUGGUGCAAGACAAGAAGGUGAACAUGUAGUUGGAUAUUCGCGUGUUGUAAGAAGUGGUGUUCCUAGAGGAGGAGGAGGAGGGAGGAGAAACCAUGCACUGAUUGGGCUUCCCUUUCUUUUUAUUAUUUUGGGAACUGCAGCAUUGGGAGGAAUGAAUGUUGCCAGGUCCUACAGAAAACAGAAGGCAGAUUAUCCUUCUCAUAAUCCUUUUCUCCCUUAAUUAUUCAUAAAACAUUUUGUGUAUAUAUACGCAAUGUAUGAAGUUAGUCCUCCAUGAAAUACAACAUUUAUGUAAUUUUGAAGUUGUUCAUUAUGUAAAAUUAGACUAUAGUUUAGGUCAUGGAGGUCCACUUUUGACUCCAUUAAAGCAAUGAUCCC